GCUCAUUUAGUCUGGUAUUGAUCGUCGAGGUCUGCAACCGACUAUGGUGGUUGUGAUUGCGCGGAAUCGCUCCGGAUUUGUGUGAUGUGUUGAAAAAAGAUUUUUUGCCGAAAAAUUAGCGAGAAGAAAGACUCAGAACUUUUAAUCCGAUACAUUUUGUGAAGUGCGAAAAAAGGAAUUACCCAAAAAGUGCUAUGCCAUCUGCUGGCAAGAAUAAAAUGAUCGGCCCCUGGAGCCGUAGUGAAAGCAGUGGCAGCAUGUUUUUGGCCAACAAUAACAAUGCCGACAACCUGGUGAAACUAUUUUCCCGCACUGCUCCGACCAGUCCCCAUUGGACCCCAGUCACUUCCCGGCACAACUCGCCACCGAUGCCGAGCUCUCCGCUAUCGUCAUCGCCGCCGUCGACACUGCGCCGCAACUAUUCCAGCACAUUCAUGCUGAUCCCGGAAGACCGUGCCGUAGAUCAAGUGUCGAUGCCGGAAGCACCACCGUCGACAACGCUCAGCAAUGGGGUUCACCACAAGGAUGAUCCAACGGCUAAGUACCGUGUUUCUAAUGGACGUAUCAUACUUCGCCUCGUUCUUUGGUGGCCUCUGUUGUUGAUCGCCAUCGCUCAAAGGAUACUUGGCGUGAUGAUGCAACUGUCCUGGCGUCCGUUUCUGAUGGCGGCACCCGCUUUCUGGCUUUCGGCUUGUCUUUGGAUGUUUUGGAAGAUCAUCGCUUUGCCGCUGACUUUUCUCAAAUGGGCCCUCGUCGCUAUGCACACUCCAGCUCAUGAACGAAAUCGUAAAAAGCGAACCAUUUUGAUAAGCUGUGGAAGUACAAUUCAAACGCUCCAUUUGGCCCGUAAUUUCUAUAAAUCUGGCGCUCGGGUCGUCGUUUUUGAGAUCGAAGGACUGUUUGGGUUGGCGAGAUUUUCCACAGCCGUGAGCAAAUUUUACACAAUUCAACGACCGACACCGGAAACAGCCAAUGAGUAUAUUUCCGCCCUCUGCGAAAUCGUCGAAAAGGAACAACCCACACAUUAUAUCCCAGUAUGUGCGACUAGCGCAGCUCACUACGACGCCCUUUCAAAACCGCAUCUGGAGCUCCGAGGAUGCUCCAGUUUUAUCCCUGGAGCGCAGGAAACCUCGGUGCUUGACGACAUUCUUCAGGUGAUGAAGAAAUGUGAGUUCAACCAGAUUGCGCUGCCCCCGCAUCAGGUGAUCAACAGCAAGGAAGAUUUGUAUCGCCUGUAUGAGAAUGGGUGGCUAUCCGGGUAUCGUAAUGUGAUGGUCUCCACCGGAUUGCUUGGAGUCCUGGAGCGUACCAAAUACAUUUUGCCGAUGAACCGUCGAGAACUAAAGCUGAACUACGAGAUAAGUGAAAUGCAGAAAUGGGUAGUAAUCAGAGAUGUAAUCGGAACGCAUUAUGUAACCUGCACCACAGUGAAAGAUUCCCAAGUGGUGGCAAACGUGAGCUGCAUCAUUCAAAAUGACACACGAAGCUUGGUCCCGGAAGAAAACACAGAAAUUGAAAAUUGGUUGCGCGAUUUUUUCCGCAAAAUUCGACUCCAAAGACCGCUGAAUGGGCACAUUAGUUUUCGCUUGGCCAAAUGUCAAUCCAGCGGAGAGAUCCUACCGCUUGGCAUUCGAGUCGGGGUGUCCCUUCCCUACAUCUGCUACACAGGAGUCCACUCGAAAGUAAUCUGCAAGCCUUGUCCGCAUUUCAACCGGCAAAACUCCGGCCCACUGGUACAGGAUGGUGGACGUUACUGGAUUCAUGAUACGGUCAUGCAGGCAGUUCGCCGGCCAAGCAUAGAUGCAGUGCAGCAGCUCAUUGGAACCGUUAUCGACAAGCGGGAAGCACUGUUCGUGUACUGGGAUCCGUUGCCGUACUGUGCCUACUAUCACUUCCAGCUGCCGUUCAACUCUGUCAAGACCUUCUUGCACAAGCGGCAGCGAGCGCGAACCAUGCCACGUGCCGCUGCGCCAGUGCAAUAAUGACACGAGCCUGUCGAGUGAUUCCGGGUUAUCAGCAGAGAUGACGGUGAAUCGUUGGGUUGUUUUAAGAAUUUCUUUUUAUAAUAAUCGAUUAUUAGUUAGUUCUUAUUAUUCAUAAUUUUAAUUUGUGUACGGAGAGAGAAGGAACAGACUUGCGGUGAGUGUUUGAAUGAAUGGGACUUACAACUAAGGAUCCGGAUUCUUUGUAAUUAUGUUUUAUAAUUUAAAAUCUACUUACUAAAAAAUGGAAAAGCAUACUUUGGAAACAAGAUGUUUUGGUUCUGUUGCUGGGCAACAGAUUGUAUGGAAUUAAUCUCAUGCUUAGUGUCGUAGCUGCAAUGUUUUCGAUUACUUUUCAUCUUUCUCUUCUUCGUUAACAUUUCUCAAAGAAUGAAUAUUUCAACGUUAUUUGUUGCGAUUUUGCCUUAACACAUUAAUAACUUCUUUUCAAUAUAUUGUUUUUAAAUCCGCUUUUUUAUAAAAUACUCAAUUUGAGAAAAAAUUUGAACAGAAAUGGAUCACAGCAGCUACGCACACAUGAUAAUAUAAGUGAGAAGCCAUUGUAUAGAAUGAAUAAACCACUGAUACUAAAAGAAAUACAUUUUUCAAAAAAGUGCAUUUUAGUCUUAAGAAUUCAAGUACAAAUUAAAUAAAGGAAACCUAUAUUCUAACAAACGAA